UUUGCCACUUGUAAGCAGAGAGGGUACUCGCGUAACAGUUAUUCUGACAGUGUUUGUUCCUUGGUCUUUGGCUUCUUCGCAAGGACCACAGUGCAGCUAAGAUUUUUCAAAAUGACGUCAUCACUUUUCUUGAGCGCCUGCUUUCUAGCCUUUACCAGUUCAUAUGGACAUUUAGUACCGUAUCAGCCAGGACCGUAUGUUAGUCCACCAGUCCCAACAGCGAAUGAACCGCCGAACACUGCAAUUACACUCCCGUGUUUUUCAAACGGGAUCUCACCGGGAGAGUGUCCGGCACCAGGGCGAAUCAUUGAAGCCAGUGUACUGAGACAGACCUCCGGAAACUGCCGAGUGUACACGACUUUUGGAUUUGUGGGGAAUUACCUGUGGGUUCGUCAGGGUUGUGGGGGCCAGUUUACAGUCCGUUAUGCCACAAAUGAACUGAGUCCUAACUUUAACUACAACUAUCAACAGAGCCAAGGUAAUUACAACAACAACAAUCAAGUUCCUGAUGCGCGUGGAUGCCCAUAUUACAACACCCAGCUGUCAUGUGCCAGCGUUAACAACGGAUACAACAUGUGCCAAAUCCCUUACGAAAUCGUACGCGUUGAUGUCAAGCAACCAUACAGCAGCUCCGCCUGUCAGUUUGCCUCAAGUUACGGACGCACGGAGAAAGGAAAAAUCUGGGUAUCCAAUGGAUGCUCCGCUAAGUUUGACGUCACGUUCAAAGUCUGCCAUGGAUCCGGGGAUUCAAAUUGUAAAGUAUCCAGCACAUUAAUGGACUGUCGUGCGAACAGAGGGUACAGUGAUGUCACAGAAUGCGAAGUUCCUUUCAAAAUCAAUUCUGUACAGCUUCAGAACCGACCAACAGCUGCCCUCUGCAACAUGCCACAAUCUUACGGACAGGCCCGGAAUGGAGUUUGGGUGAACAACGGAUGUUACGGAACGUUCGAUAUCAUCGGAAUGAAUCAUUUAUUUGUCUUUGCCCUCGUAGCCUCUACUCUCUUCGAGUCGACAAUCGCUCAACCAAGAAAUCUACAGCAAGGGGAGGUAACUUGCACCGCCUUGUUCAACAAUCAGCCAAAUCAGUGCCUCGCUCCGGGAAGAAUUGUGGAAGCGUGGGUUGCUAGGCAGCAAAACUCCGGAAAAUGCCGAGUUUACUCAACGUUCGGGUUCAUAGAAAACUAUCUGUGGGUCAGGAACGGAUGCGGAGGAACUUUUGCUAUUGUUUACGAGCCUCAACAGUACUUACCAAACACACAACCAACCACUAAUCCCAGUUGUCAACAAGGGGAGAUCAAUGUGUUCUGUUCACACACAACCCCCAGAGCAACUGUUUGUGGAGUGCUCGUAUUAGUCACUCAUGUCAACUUCCGCCAGCAGUAUAACAUCAGGACAGUGGCUAACUCGGCCUGCCAGGAGAAUUAUGGGUACGGCAUCAGCCAGAACCAAUCAGCGAUCUGGACGAACAGAGGUUGCCAGGGAACAUUUGAUGUGGACUUUCAGAUAUGUCCAAAGACGUCUCCGAUGGGUUGCCGGUCUUACCAGACGUCGCUUCAGUGUGGGAGCGGCGGGUUUAUAUCGAGGGAAUGUGGCGUUCCAGUGGAGGUGACAGGCAUACGCCUCAUCCCGUCCAUUCUACCUAUAAACAACCUGUGCGUGGAGAAUGUCAGCUACGGACGUGUGCCGGAAGGGGUGUGGGUCUCAGAAGGAUGCAGGGGGUCGUUCACCUUAAGCUACCGUGUCUGCACAGGUUACCAAGGGCAGGUUUUAGGAUGA